AUGGCGAGGACACUGGGGAAGUAUCAUUCCUCCGCAUUUCUUUCCCGCCGCAAGGUUAGGUUCGAUGGACAAGCCAGUUGGAACAUCGAGGAGGAGCUGCUAGAUUACCAGCCACCGGAUGGCCUGGAAUUCGCGAUCGUGUGCCAAGGCCAAUCGGAAAGAUUGCUGGGCAAGGCCCGUCUGGGCCAUCGGCAGUUCUUCCCGCUCGGCUGCAACACGCGACUGACCUUGUCGCGCAGCGGCGGCGGAAUCCAAGGUACACUGUGGGUGAAGAUCUUAGUCAUGGAGGAUGACGGCCAGCUCGUUUCGGAAGCUUGGCAAGUGCAAGUGCGAGGGGCUCUCCUGGAGUCCGUGGCCACAGUGCCUGCACAAGCCGCAAGCUCCAUGAUGGUUCUAUGUCUGGGCCAGUCGCUGCUCCCUGGCGGCGCGGUGCCGCCGACUUUGCACAAACGUGUCGAGCGAGCGGCGGACCUGCAUCGACGCUUCAACUGCAGAGUCUACGUCUCCGGCGCCGAUGUGGCGAAAUGCGGAGUGCCAGAGGGUGAGGUGAUGCAGGACUUGCUCCUCGCUGCAGGGCUGAGCCCCGACGUGCUGGAUGUGGACGUUCAGGCCAUGAACACCAUCGAGAACGCCAUCUAUGCAGUGCCGCUGCUGCGAGCCCGCAGCAUCAAAACAGCGAUUUUAGUCACCAGCGACUUUCACAGCGCACGGGCGGCCUUUCUAUUCCAAAGCGUUUUCAGAGCGCAUGGACUCAACGUUUCCUUGCUGACGGAUCCUGCUCCCAGUGGCCUUGAGUCUGGACCGCCAAGGCCUAGGGAGGAUUGGCCCAAGGAGAUCAACAACCUCCGGCUCUCCGAAAGGCUCGAGUUCGAAAGGCAUCUUCUUCUCGGCAAGAUGACGCCCCUUGAAAAAUACGGCAUCAAGUCAGACAAGCAGGACCUGGAACAGGCCCUGACGAAGGAACAUGCCUUGGUCUUUGGUGGAGUCGCUGGAACCGAGGAAGCACCGCUAAAAGACCCGUCUCCAGCCAUCCAGAAGCAACCAGGAGAUCUGUACAUGCUACGACGUUUCCUGGAGACCUCUUUGCAUCACGAGCGGAUUCUCCUUCAAGGUGCCGCUCUGCUUUGCGUCGCACAGCAGCUUCUUGCAGAAGUUAGCGCCUCGCAGGUGCACAACCGCAUGCUCCAGUUGGGCGACACAGCAAGAGGUCGCUUAGGCUACGGCCAGCAUAGGAACAAGAAGAAAAUGGCUGGAGUGGUAGUGCUGGAGCUUCUGCUGGAUCGCGCAAUGGCGUUUGCUUUGUUAGCAUGCUUCAGCCAUGCGGACAUGUGGUUCGCAUGGGCGUUUGCUGCGAUUUGGAGCCUCGGCGGUGUUUACACUAUCGUCAACCAGGCCAGCGGCCGCCGACUGAUCGCAGAUGAGCGAGGCUUCUACACCACCUCGGAGGUCAGCGUGAGCAGCACCAGCAUGUGGCACGUCCUGGAAGACGCAAAUGCAACGCACGUACUGCAGAACGUGGCCACAGGGGCAAGGGUCUACGCGCAGCAGGGAGCAGACCGCGAACGUGGGUUUUACAUCCUGGAUGGCGACACGCCCGUCUUCCGUGAUCAAAGGUGGCAAAUUGACUGCAGAGCCAGCCUUGGUGGAUGUAGAAUUACAAACAUGAAGUCGCUGCGUACCAUACUGGACGGUCCUGGUGGCCUCAGUGCGACAGCUGUGUCGGUGGAUGCCCCUGCUGGGGCAGUCUGGUGGUUCAUGCGCCAAGAUGCCGAUGAGCUUGGCCAACAUCUGGCCGACUCCUGUGAGCUUCUCAGGGAGCACGAGGCGAAAUCGAAGCAGAUCUUCACACUGCAGUCGCAGUUGGAUGAAGCCAGUACCAGGCUUCAUGCAGCGGAAAGCCGCACGAGAGAGGCCCUGAAGAUGCGUCCUGACCUGGGCAUCCUCGCUCUUUGCAUCGCAUCUUGGCGCAACAAAGCAAAGAAUGCAUACGAAUACCUCAAAUGCCGGCAAUCCUAG